AUGGACGUGGAAGAAAAGGAUGAUGGGAUUCUUGCUAUCGUUGAGCUGAAGCCGCUUUGCGAAUUUCGGAAUCUGCGUUCUCUCAAGCUCACUGGCAUGCUCCGCUCAUAUCAAACGUACAUCUGGCAGGCUGUUUGGCUGAAUACCAAGCUCGAAACUCUGGAUUUGGGGAUGGCGCUUGAGCCGGACAUCUUUUCUGCUCCAAGCACUCAGUGGAAACAGAUCAAGACCGGGUGGAAGAUGAGUGGGAAAAUGUAUGCUGAUCCUGUCUACUAUGGACAUUACGGCACUGGCGAAUUGAACCCGGACAUUGGAUACGGCGAGUACCUCGACAAGCAUGCCAUCGAAAAGGCCAAGAUCCGGGCCAUGGCUAUGGGCCUCUCUGUGAAGCGUCUGCAGAUCAAAACUAUCUCCUUUUCUGGCUUUGUCGUUGAUGCUGGUCCCUUCUUGCACUGGUUUGACCCGAACAAUCUGCGAACUAUUCACUUCAAAGCGCACUGUGUGGAUGCUGGAUUGUGGCUACCUCGCAACAUGCGCAAUGUGACUAUUCGCUUGUCUAAACCUUUUGACCUGGAGGCUGUUCCUAUGGGAAUGGUCAAAUUGAACUUGUUGAAGGAUCUGAAAAUGAUCACAUUGCAGAGGGGGCGCAAGGUGAGCCAGGUUGCUUUUGAGCAAUGGGAAGAAGAAGAGUGGGAUAGUAUUUUCAGGCCAACGUCCAGAUCUUCUUCUGGGUGA